AUGUCUGUUCUGUUCACCAGCAUAUCAAAGAACAAUCCUGUUAAACUGGGAGAUGCGGAGAGACUCUUAAAGCCCCUAGGACUUACCAUCGACCCGUCGGAAUCAAGCGACUUUCAGACAUUACUAGCAGCGGUACAUGAUUGCGCCGAAAGUAUCGCGGCUCUCCCCGAUUACCAGCCAGUCCCCGAUCAACUCAAGUAUCCGCGGGAGAAUGUUCGUCGACCGUGUCAAGAAGAGCAGGCCCUGGGCCAAGCCUGGGCCUAUAAGUUUCUUAUUAAAGGAAAAGAAGGAGGCACGUUGACUGGAAAGUCUGUCAGCCUCAAGGAUGUGAUUGCAGUAGCUGGAGUACCUCAGCUAAUGGGUAGCGACAUUAUACCAUCAUGGACGCCUGAAACUGAUGCAACUGUUGUGACAAGACUCCUUGAGGCUGGUGCUGAUAUUCAUGGGACAUCAACAUGCGAGAAUCUUUGCCAUUCGACUUCCUCAUAUACCAGUGCUCAAGGCACAGUUGAAAACCCCCACGCGACAGGCUAUUCUGCCGGAGGAAGUACCUCCGGGGGUGCUGCUCUGGUAGCUGCGGAGCUAGUCGAUAUUACGAUCGGAGGUGAUCAAGGUGGAAGUAUCCGGGUUCCAGCCUCUUUUUGUGGAUGCGUUGGGCUGAAGCCAACAUUUGGCCGUGUUCCCUUUACUGGAGUUGCCAGUGGCGAUGCCAUGAUUGACCAUGUAGGCCCGUUGGCCCGCACAACGAUGGAAGUGGCAGUCUGCUUGGAUGCUAUCAGCGGAUAUGAUGGUAUUGAUGAUAGAUCAAUAGGCAGUUCCAAGCCAGGCUCGACCAGCUUUGCAACCACCCUUAAGAACACAAAUAGACUUGACGGUUUGCGGAUUGGAAUUCUCAAAGAGGGAUUUGAACACGAUGCUGUUUCACCAAGUGUUCGAAACUCAGUAUUGAUUGCCGCUAAGAAAUUUGAAGAUCUGGGUGCAACUAUCGAGGAAAUUUCUCUUCCAGACCAUCUUCAUGGCCCGGCAAUCUGGACCAUUCAACAGCGAAUAGCUGGUGCACAAACUCUUCUGGGUCAAAACACUGGCCGACGCGGUCUAUACAUGACGGAGAUGGAGCGCGCAAGGUUGCCUUGGACCGAUGAAGGCUUCCAAAGAGCAUUCCCAUCCACGAAGAAUGUGAUAAUCAACGGAGUGUAUCUCAUGUCUCAUUUCCCAGGCCUAUAUGGCAAGACUGCCAAUAUCGCACGCCAGCUGAGUGAUAAGUACCAGGCAUUAUUUGAGAAAUAUGAUGCGAUUGUGAUGCCUACAACACCAGUUGUGGCUCCUAGACACGGGAAACGAGGCCAGCCAGUGGAGUCGCUCAAGCCAAGUAUGGGGUUGACAAUCAAUACUGCCAUCUUCAACGUGACAGGACACCCGGCGUUGUCGAUUCCGAUUGGAUUUGCACCCGCCAAGGAGGAUGAACAGAUCAUGCUCCCGGUUGGUAUGCAGAUUGUUGGUGGAUUGUGGCAAGAUGAAAAGGUGCUGCAUGUUGGUCAUGUAUGGGAGACUCACUUUGACUGGAAGAAAAUGAAUUUUGGAACCACCCAUCAGAAUUAG